AUGUCAAUCCUCUGGAACGUGUACUACCUCACUUUCCUGGAGCGUAUGCCACCACGGUUACUCAACCUCCUAUGGGUGUUCCUAUCGACAGAAAUCCAGCAUUUGGACUACAAUGGGUUUCAACAACCACAGCAGACGUACUCCAGACUGCAGAACCGGUGGGGAAUUAGAACCAAUCAGACAAAGAAAAGUCUUUGGGCAUCACUACAAGACAUCAAGGAUCUCGGAGUGAUUGAUGAAGUUGAUAGUUUCUGGGCUGUCGAUGCCAAGAUAGAUCUACUACUGGCCACACGACGAUCAGUGGGGGCAGAACUCAUCCGCGCCCAACAGGAGAUGGACCAGUGUAGGGCUCGACUUCGAGCGGCCAACCUGGAGGAAUGA